CUCUGAAGCAGUUCCCCGGAUGGGUCAAGCCCUGUACAUGGGCGCUUUCAAGCGGGCCGGAAACGGCCCUUCCAGUGAACCACUGGAAUCGGACAUUCUGGGAAGGUGGGCGUUAAAGUGGUACGCGAAGCCCUAGUGAAAAAGGGCCCUGCGGCCUGAUCGCCGGGCGCGGGCGUGACGUCAGCCUUCUGCGCCGCCGCGGGAGGAAAGACCGCGAGCGGCGCCCGCCGGAAGGGGAGGGGCGGUUGGUCAGGUUUCCUGGCGACGCGGCUGUGCCGGCGGCUCCUUCGCGGCCUGUUUGCCUUUCUCUUCCUGACGUGUGAGCUGGCAGUCAUGCUUUGGCUACUCUCUACUCUCAAGCUGGUUCCUGCCGUAGCCAGCGCCCGCGGCCUCUCAGGAUGCAUGUCAUGUUUACAGCGAAGGUACUCCCUCCAGCCUGUGCCAGAAAGGAGGAUUCCAAACCGAUAUUUAGGCCAACCUAGCCCCUUUACACAUCCACACCUCCUCAGACCAGGGGAGGUGACACCAGGACUAUCUCAGGUGGAAUAUGCACUUCGUAGACACAAACUAAUGUCUCUGAUCCACAAGGAAGCACAGGAGCAGAGUGGGACAGACCAGACGGUGGUUGUGCUCUCCAAUCCCACAUACUACAUGAGCAAUGACAUCCCCUACACUUUUCACCAAGACAACAAUUUCCUGUACCUAUGUGGAUUCCAAGAGCCUGAUAGCAUUCUGGUCCUUCAGAGCCUGCCUGGCAAGCAGUUACCGUCACAUAAGGCCAUGCUUUUUGUGCCUCGGAGAGAUCCCAGUCGAGAACUUUGGGAUGGCCCUCGAUCUGGCGCGGAUGGAGCAAUAGCUCUAACUGGAGUGGAUGAAGCCUAUACACUAGAAGAAUUUCAGCAUCUAGUACCAAAGCUGAAAGCUGAGUCGAACAUCAUUUGGUAUGACUGGAUGAAGCCUUCUCAUGCACAGCUUCACUCUGACUACAUGCAGAGUGUGACUGAGGCCAAAGCCAGAAGCAAGAACAAAGUUCGGGGUGUCCAGCAUCUGGUGCAACGCCUCAGGCUGAUCAAAUCUUCUGCAGAAAUUGGUAGAAUGCAGAUUGCUGGGAAGCUGACAUCACAGGCUUUCAUAGAAACCAUGUUUGCCAGUAAAGCCCCUGUGGAGGAGGCCUUUCUUUACGCCAAGUUUGAAUUUGAAUGCCGGGCUCGUGGAGCAGACAUCUUAGCCUACCCACCUGUGGUUGCUGGUGGUAAUCGGUCAAACACUUUGCAUUAUGUGAAGAAUAAUCAACUCAUCAAGAAUGGGGAACUGGUGCUUCUGGAUGGAGGUUGUGAGUCUUCCUGCUAUGUGAGUGACAUCACCCGUACCUGGCCUGUUAAUGGCAGGUUCACCGCAGCUCAGGCAGAACUCUACGAAGCUGUUCUAGAGAUCCAGAGGGCUUGUCUGUCCCUCUGCUCCCCUGGGACAAGCUUGGAGAACAUCUACAGCAUGAUGUUGACGCUCAUAGGACAGAAGCUUAAAGAGUUGGGGAUCAUAAAGAACAGUAACGAAAACAAUGCUUUCAAGGCAGCUCGAAAAUACUGUCCUCACCAUGUGGGCCAUUACCUUGGAAUGGAUGUCCAUGACACUCCAGACAUGCCCCGUUCUCUGCCUCUGCAGCCCGGUAUGGUGAUCACAAUUGAACCAGGCAUUUAUAUUCCGGAGGAUGACAGAAAUGCUCCAGAGAAGUUUCGAGGUCUUGGUGUGCGAAUUGAGGAUGAUGUAGUAGUGACUCAGGACUCACCUCUCAUCCUUUCUGCAGAUUGUCCCAAAGAGAUGAAUGAUAUUGAGCAGAUCUGCAGCAGGGCCUCUUGACCCCCACUGCAGCCCACAUGUGUCUCAGGUUCGAGAGGUGUGCAGGCAUCCCUGCUCGCGUGCAUCUUGAGUCUCCGUGUAUAUUUAUGCACAUGUUCCAUUUGGGAGUGCAGCAGCUGUACGAUAUGUAUAACAUUACAUGGGCUUUUCUAAGUAGAUGAAAAUAUGGAAAAGUGAAAUUUGGAAUGGUUUGUUACUGCAACUUUGGCAACAUUAAUUCUGUAGGAUUAAUGAUCCAAACAAUUUAAUUUUUAAACAUAAAGUAAGGUCUUUUUUAUGUAUGUCUGUUUCAUUCCAGCUGACACAUUUAAACAAAUAGAAAAUUCUCUCCGGGUCCUUUCUUUACUUUCACUGAAAUCCACCUGAUAUCAUAAGAUGUAUGAUGCGUAUAUUUUGAGCUAAUCACCAGGUCUCUGCUUGUGCCUUUCCUAACUCCUGCCUCCAUAUUCCAUAUUCUACCUAUGUACUGGACCCAUAUGAGCUGGCAGGUGCACUGGCAUCCGUUCCUUUCAGCCAUAGUCCAGAUUUCAGCAACACUAGCUAUCAAACAAACUAGUUCUGAGUCUUUCUUGCUAUUUGGUUGCCUGGGCCCUGGAAAUUUUAGAUUUUUCAUAAGGAAGAAAAUGAAAGAGAAAGAAAAGCAUAUACGUGUCUCCUACAGAUCAUUUGUUCUCUUCAUUUAAAGAUGAUUCCUUUCCCCCAGACAUCCUUCCUUUUAAGUUUUUUUUCUGGUUUUGUUUUUUGGUUUUUUUUGAAAUGAGGUUGUUACCCAGGCUGCUUUUGAACUUGAGGGCUUAAGUGAUCCUCCCACCUCAGCCUCCAGAGUUGCUUCUCUAUUUUUUCUUUUUCUCCCUGUUCCUCCUCCCCGUACUUGAGCCCAGCACCUCAAAUAUACUAAGCAAGCAUUCUACCCCUGAGUUAUAUCCCCACACCUUUUUAUUUUGAGAUAGGAUCUCAGUCAGUUAGCUAGGCUGAUUUAGAACUUAUAGUCCUCUUGCCCAAGCCUCUGCCUACCUGGGAUUAAAUUCAAGUGCCAACACACCUGGCCAGAUAGGUUUGUAAUGCACUGACCUCAUAAGUCACUCUUGAAGCUACUGCAGUGGCCAAAGGCGAUCUUCCACUCACCCUGUUAAAGUCAGAAUAGUGGCAUUCAGUUUUCAGAGAAAUAAUCCACCUAUUCUGUGAUUUCCUCCAGCUCCGUUAAAAACAAAAUAUGGAAUCCAUUUUGUACCUGUAAACAUCUUGGAAUCCUCUGUCCUUCUGUGAUGUUAGCUCUGGGAGGACAUUGGCAAAGAGUCACAUCUCUAAACACAGCGUCAGAUGUAAUCUAUACAACAACUCGGUUCGUGUGAUGAACAGAGCUAGACUACCACAGAUGGUUUAUUCAGAAGCUUCUGUUAGAGGGAAUUUCUAAGAACCAGUGUGUUCACCUCCUUCAAACCCAAUAUACAAAACAUACUGGUUGUUAGAGCAAAAUUCAAGGGUUUGCGGUUUUCUUUUUUUCAUAUUUGUGUUAGGGAAACUCAAACUACUAGGGGAUUAGUAAUCUCUGCAGUGCUGGAAGUUUGCCCACAAUACCAAGCCAAAAACAGACAGGAGACAAAGAUACUGUUACAACAAAAGUGUUAGAGCUCACAUCCUGACUCCGCUCAUCCUCAAAUGCCUGGCUUUGCUAACCUUAGCUAAGUGGCAGUGGGAAUGGAGGCUGCACAGCUGGAGGCCAUAUCCCCAUUCCUACCCUCCCACCUCCUUCCAAUUCUCAGCCCUUUGCCGCUUUCUAACAAAAAGGGAGGGAAGUAAACCCACCUCUCCAGCUUUUCCCUUACCUGGCCUCUGCACACCCAACAGCUGCUUCCUGGUAUUGGGUUUCCUUUAUUCUUUUUAAAUUCUGGAAUAAGGAAUUUCCUUUUCUUACUAUAACACAUUUUCCAUGGUCUUCACCUUUCUAGCUGGAAGCCUCAAUGGUGUUUAUGUUUAUGUAUGAGCACACCUGGCAUCAAACAAGUUCUACAGACAGUACUGGUGAUUGUAGUCCCUGCACCAGGUAGAUUGUCCUUUGAGUCCCAGAUUAACCAUAGCAGCUAAGCAUUUGAGUCAGACUUUUAGAACAUAAUGAAGAUCUCAUAGUUGUCUGAUAUAUAUUAGGAUUUGUUAAACAGGUUAUUUUUCUCAGUGCAUUCAUGUUUAGCCAUGCCACAGAUGAACCCCAUAUUUCCUCCAAUUGAAAGUAUAAUCUGGGCUGGGGAUAUAGCUCAGUUGGUAGAGUGUUUGCCUUGCAAGCCCAGGGCCCUGGGUUCGAUCCCCUGCACUGCAAAAAAAAUAAAAAAGUAUAAUAUUUAAAUAUUGUCACAGAACUUUUCCCCCUGAAUUUAGAGAUGUAGUUGUAUCAUCAAUUAUACACUAAGUGAAAAAGGCAUAUCUGGAUAGCCAGUGUCACAUGCUUUUAUGACUUUAUUUCAGAAAUUGCUCUUUUUCUCCCAUAAUUAGGAAACUAGGAACAUAGUAGGGGAAUAUUUUUUGGUUUUAGUUUUUUUUAGUUAGGAAUACAACAGUAGAAAUGCUGAAGUUACAAAUUCACUUCUUAGCUGGUCAUGUUGACGAACAAAUGUAAUCCCAGCAAUUUGGGAGGUUGAGACAGGAGGAUUGCAAGUUCAAGACCAGCCUCAGUAACUUAGCAAGACCCUGUCUCAAAAUAGAAAAUAAAAAGGGCUGGGAUGUGGCUCAGUGGUUAAGUGCCUCUGGGUUCAAUCCCCAGUACCAAAAAAAAAGCACUUCUCAUAGUCACAGUCUCCAAAUUACAAAGGUGCUUCUGAUGGUGACUUAAAAUGCUUUAUGUACAUCUUUUUUUGAACAUUCAUAAUCUUUCUCCUCUUUUUUUUUUUUUCUUUCUUUUGUUUUUUUGCGGUGCUGAGGAUGAACUUAGGAUAGUACAUGCCAGGCAGGUGCUCUGCCACCAAGCUACACCUCUAGCUCCUCUUGUUAAUUUGUGUAAGGUCAGGGAAGGAAAACCAUAGAUAUUCUGUCUUGAAAUUAAGAUUCAGAAAACAAGUUAAAUCUCCAGAUAAUGACAGUAUGUUUCAUUAAAACAGAAAUUUAACUGUUCUAUAUUUUCAGAUAUUCAUAACGCACACCUUUUCGGCUUUGUUGUGAAUAUGGAGACUGCAGCUCUGGAGCACGGGUGCUGCCCUUCUCCUCACCUGUGCCCAUCAGAUCACAGUGAAGUGCAGUCCAGCUGUGAUCUCAGGGUCCUGGGUAACGAUGUUCCAAUAACCUACUGGUAAAAGUGUUGGAAUUCAAGUUGGACCCUAUCUGCCAUCCUUCAACUAGUAUGACAGUGUUACUUACUUGUGUCUUAGAAAUUAAAUGAGGGCCUAAGAUAAUGGCACCAUAAAGGACCCCACAUGGAAGAGGCUUUUACAGUAUAGUUGUUGUUUUUUUUUUGUUUUUUUUUUUUAAUUUUUUAAUUUAAUUUUUUUUUUAAUUUUUAAUCCUAAAGUUGGAUCCAUAUCCCAAACCUUAAGCAGGAAGGAAAGUUUUAGCCCCCGGAAAAUAUACUUUAAGCUGAACCUUUUCUCAUGUUCUUGGAGUAAUGACAAGGUGAAGGUCAUUACAUUCUAGCAUUGUGGCAGAAUUCCAUGGUCAAACCACACAGGUCUGGUUGCUCUUGUCUCUUCCUGUGUGUCACUUGGAAUAUCAUUUGUACUGUUCAGGUUCAGUGGUCCCCACUGGACGCAAAGCCUCUUGGGGUGUGCUGUCUCUGUUAGCAUUAAUGCUUUGUAUGACUUCUGUGCAAUUAUAUAAGUUCAGUUUGGACAAAAUGCUGUUACUUUUUAAGGUUCUAUUCAUUGAAAAUGACAUUUGUCAUUCCCCAACAAGGGGAAAGCAUUUGUUACUGUCUUUUUUUAAAUAUACUAUAAAACAAUAUAGAAUUAUUUAGGUAUUAUUUAGGUUGUGUGUGUUAUUUUAUAAUCUAGAGUUUAUAGGUUUAAAUGUGAGAACAGUGGGUUUUACAAAAUAUUUUCUUUUACAACAUAUUCAUUAAUGGGCACCACAAAAUCAUGAUAGUAAACUUGAGAUGAUCUUACAAGUUGCAGAUAGAGAAAAAAAAAAAAACUGGAUUUGAUCCAGACUAUUGAAA